GGUUUGACAGUUCGCGCUUUUCACAUGACGCCGGGCUAUAUUUGUUGAUAUUCUGAAACUCACAAAAGCCGUUCGGCGUGUAUUGCAGAAUUUCGGUUAGUUUUUAGUGUAUUUAAUAAACGUGAUAGCGUUUUUCCAUACCGUGAGCACAUUAGCACUAUGUCCGACAAUGAACAGAACGUGUACGCCAAGCGGACAAAGACGAUUCACUAUGGCUCGCUGGAGGAAUCGGAUCGUUGGCAUGUGGACCGCAAGGAUAACGACACGGAUGGUUCGGGAAAGAACGACUACAGUCAGCUUACCUCGUCAGACUACAUGACCUUAGAUGAAGAUGUCGCCAAAGAGAAAGCAGCACUUCUAGAGGAAUUCGAACGAAGGAAAAAGGCACGACUAAUUCACGUCAGCACGGACGAUGGGGAGGUGAAGAGUGCUCUGCGGAAGCUAAACGAACCAAUAUGUUACUUCGGUGAAGGUCCUGCCGACAGGCGAUUACGAUUGAAAGAACUCCUAUCGGCACUGGGCGAAAAAGGCUUACCGGCAGCAAAACCGACUAAAGAAGAGGAGAAACCGAAAAGCCAGCAAAAGGAAACGAACGAAUCCACCUGGUACCAUGAGGGACCGGAAAGCUUGAGAUUGGCAAGGUUCUGGAUAGCGAACUACUCGUUAGCCCGUGCCAAGAAGCGGUUGGAAGAGGCAAGCGAAAAAAUGCGUCAACAUUCGGCCACCAAGGCCGGACGUAUGGUGGAGCUGCAGAAAAGAAUUCAACAACUUGCGCCACAAUGCAGCCAGGUGGGCGAUACGCGACCAAUCACCGGGUGCAGCAUAAAUGAGGAUUCUACGCUACUACUGACCUGCAGCUUGAGCUCCCUGUGUAAAGUUUGGUCCGUUCCUGAUUGCACUCUGAAGCAGACGCUCCGUGGGCACAAGUUCAACGUAAGUGAUGUGGCCUUCCGGCCGGGUGUUGCCAACGAUAGUAAAUCGGAAGUAGCGAUGGCUUCUUGUAGCUUCGACGGAUCAGUUAAACUAUGGUCGUACGACAGUGAAGAAUCGAUUGCCGACAUCAACGGACACGUGCCGCACCGGGUGGCGAAACUUGCAUUCCAUCCCUCUGGACGGUUCCUGGGAACGGCCUGUUACGAUGCUUCCUGGAGGUUGUGGGACUUAGAGCAGAAGCAGGAGGUACUGCACCAGGAAGGACACACAAAAGCUGUGCAUUGCAUCGCUUUUCAGGUGGACGGUAGUGUAUGCGUCACUGGUGGAUUGGACGGUUUUGGCAGAGUAUGGGAUCUUCGAACCGGCAGAUGUAUCAUGUUUCUGGAGGGCCAUCUCAGUGCUAUUUACGGUGUAGAUUUUUCCCCCAAUGGUUAUCACAUUGCAUCCGGUAGCCAGGACAAUUCGUGUAAGAUUUGGGAUUUACGAAGACGGCAAAUGGUGUACACAAUCCCGGCGCACACUAAUCUUAUAUCGGAUGUGAAGUAUCAGAAAAAUGGUGGCAAUUUUCUGGUUACAAGUAGUUACGAUAAAACGGCAAAGAUUUGGUCGGACAAAACAUGGCAGCCGUUGAAGACUCUCUCCGGCCAUGAUGGUCGUCUCGUUGGGGUGGAUAUUUCGCAUGAUUCUCAGUACAUAGUGACUGCAUCGUACGAUCGCACGUUUAAACUCUGGGCAUGGGACUAAAUCAACUAAAUC